AUGCCUUCUUCACUCAUGGUCGUAAGAGCAUCCUGCAAUGACUUGUUGCUCGUGUCCGCCGAUAAGUUUUUCUUCGAUGGCCGUUUUUGCCACCACCAUCAGAGGCACUACAUUUGUAACCCGGUGACUAAAAAGUGGUUUCUCAUUCCUAAAGAAACCCCUCUUGGAACAAGGGCAGGAUUUGCAUUAAUAUGCAAUAGGAAGUCUUACAAGGUGGUACUUCUCGAUAUGUUUUCUCUGCCUGACAAAGAAGCAACAGACAUUGUUGAUACAUAUAAACAAAGAGUGUGGGUGUUUUGCUCCGAGUCGGGGAAAUGGACCACAUCUUUCUUCUUGCUUCCUGCUCGCCUGACAAGGGACUAUCUCGUUGUCACCAAUGUCGUUUCGUGCAAUGGGAUUCUGUACUGGAUGGACAGUUCAUGUAGCUUCGACCGCAUUGUUUCUUUAGAUUUGGCCAAUAAUCGGUGUGCCAUAAUCUACUUCCCGGACAUUGUGCGUGAAAACACCAUCUGUGACAAUCCCGACUCGUGGGUCUACAUUGGUGACGUGAGGGAUGAGUUGAGGUUGUCUGCACUUUUUCAGAAUCGGGCCGGCCCAAAAUGCUUCGUCGGGGUUUGGGAAUUGGACCAUUGGGACGCCGUUUUUCAUUCGAAAGAUUGUGAUUCGAUUUUCGUCAUAUGUGGAAAGAGUGUUUACGAGUGUGGGGUUUCGAAGGACAAGUGUCGCAAGCUCGGUGAGCUUCGGGAAUCCAUAGGCCACGAGGGUCUCGCGUCCUUUGUUCUAAUGCAUCUAGCUUGGCCCACGCCAAUUCCAUUUGGAGUUUAG